AUGUCGACCAAGGUGAAAGGCCUCCUUAAAGGACUUAGAUACAUAUCCCAAAUAUUUGAUGAGAAAGAAGAAGAAAUUCAAAUUGGGCUCCCAACAGAUGUAAAGCAUGUGGCACAUAUUGGAUCAGAUGAUCCAUCAGCCAAUGCACCUAGCUGGAGACACUUGUUGUAUUUAUCAAGUGAGGUUAAUAUUUCCGAUGACAUAAACAAUCAUUUCGCAGAACACAAAGAGAAUUCAAAGGGAUCUAAGAUCCGACAUCUGAUUCCAAAGUCUCGACACCAAUCAAUCGACAGCGAGGGCAACCCGACAAAACACAGGCACACGCGCCGCCACCAACGAACAUCGGACCCAUCCGCAGACUCCUCAACUCACGGAUCCUCAGGCGGUUCUCGACAUCGCCGACACCGCCGCGGCUCAAACCAAGGCUUGGAAUCGCCGUCGCAAGAUGCGCCGCCAAAACACUCUCAUCGGAGGAAAUCGAAGAACUCCGAAGACGGUUCCUCCCGAAGAUCUUCCAAAGGAGGGGAUUCAUUAACUGAUAUCUCUCUCACGGAUUUCGGAUCCGGGUCGACCCAAUAGAGUUUAAUUUGAAAUUGGAGUCAAUGUGUAAGAGUCAAGGUUAAGAAAAAAAAGAAAAGAAAAGUAACGGUGAUUAUCGCUUCAGAAUCUCAAAAUGGUAGGCAGUGAAGACGAAAAAGAAGAGGGGGGAAAUGUUAAUGUUAUUGUUUUACAAGUUGUAAAUUACAGUUUUUGAUGCAAUCGUUUAAU